GUUUGAUUAACGUUAUCAGCGGUAUAGAUAUAAAAACAAACUAAACUCUUAUCAGUACAGCUUGAGUCGUCGAGAUGUUAAAGCAUCAACGUUCGAUUUGCCUGUUUCUCUACGAUGGAUCGACAUUGCACUUUUUCAAUAUAGAUAUUCCUUAAUAUUAUCUUGCAUGGAGUGAUUUUUUGCUAAAGUCAUGGUUAAGACGGUGUUUGUACCACCCGACGGUGGGUAUGGUUUGGAUUAUUGUUUUAGCUACAGCCUUGAAUAAUUUUAUUGCAGUUCCAAUGUCGCUGAACUAUGGGUUAGUUUUCAGAAGCUCUUUCAGCCAUUUAGGGUUAAGCGCUACGCAAGGAUCUGUAGUGCUAAGUAUGAACGCUGCAUUAGGAAUGCUGACAGGUCUUAUCAACGGUCCACUGUUGAACAGAUACGGAUACAGGAAGAUAUCGUUCCUAGGAGCUACACUAAUGACUACUGGACUGUUUUUGGUUAGCUUUGCGAGGACGUGGACUGGUUAUAUUCUUUGCUAUGGCUUCAUGACUGUAAGUCUUUUAGUUUUUUACCACCUACCUACAGGGUUUGUCCGGAAAGUAACAGGACUGAGUCGAUUUAAAAAAAUUUAUUGAGCCAAUCG